UCCUGUCAGGGCCCUCCGUCAGUGGGCGGCAGCGCUGGUCACGGCUCCCCAUCAGCAGACAGCGAUCCGGUCAGGGUCUCCCGACCGCGGGUGUAGCUCCGGUUACGGUCUCCCGUCAGCAGACGGCGAUCCUGUCAGGGCCUCCCGACCGCGGGCGGGCCGGUGUAGCUCCGGUUACGGUCUGAGGGAUGGCUGAGCUAGUGCGGGAAGUGGAGGUGCUGCCGGGCCUGGCGGCCGAGUUGACGUGCGCCAUUUGCCUGGAGCUGCUGCAGGAGCCCGUGACAGCGCCGUGUGGCCACAACUUCUGUCGGGACUGCCUGUCGCUGUACUGGGCGGACGAUCGCGUCGGCCUCAGCGGCUUCAGCUGCCCGCAAUGUCGCUGCCACUGGGCCCAGCGGCCCGAGCUGCGGCCCAACCGCGUCCUCUGCACGGUGGUGGAGGGACUGGAGCGCGUCCGCAGUAGUGCCGAGACCGUGGGCAAGGCUGGGGCCGAGACCGUGGGCAAGGCUGGGGUUGAGCCCGGACCCACCGUGCCCUGUGACGCCUGCCCGCCGGCCGCCGCCGCCGCGGCCCUCCGCACCUGCCUUACCUGCCUGGCUUCAUUCUGUGCCGAGCACCUGGAGCCGCACCAGCAGAGCCCGGCCCUCCGCUCGCACAGCCUUCGCCCGCCGCUGCCCGACCUCGCCCAGCGCCGCUGCCCCAGCCACGGCAAGCUGCUGGAGUUCCGCUGCUGCCAGCACGGCGACUGCCUCUGUGCCGUCUGCUUGCUCGAACACCGAAGCUGCAGCACCGUGACCGAGGAAGAGGCCCGCGAGAAACGCGAGGAAGAGCUGAAGGUACAGCAGAAGACAGUGGAGUAUCAGCUCAUCCAGCUUCAGCACAGCCUGGAACUCAUGCAGUUUCAGAAGGAGCAUGUGAAGGAUUCCUCGCUGACUCAGAAAUCAGCAGUUGCCUGUGAGUUUGCGGAGCUGAAAGCAAUGAUCGAGCGAGAGGAGAAGAUUGCAGGCAGACUCUUCGAAGAGGAAGAGACCAAGGCAGACAAGAGGUGUGCGGAGUUGCUGGAUCAGAUGACUGCUCAUCUGGAGAGGCUGAAGGAUUACAAGGAGCAGCUCAAGUCUGUGCUUACCCACACGGGGGGCAUUGCCUUCUGGAAGGUGGUUGCUGAUCUUCCUCAGGUCUCCCUGGACCCUCCCAUGUCACAGCAACAGGUUGAGGUGGAUGCCAGUAAACUGGUUCUCAUAACCAAAGCAGUUUCUACACUUCGAGGCAAGCUGGGCCAGCAGCUGAAAUUUCCCUUGGACCAGAGGGUGCGGCAGUUGGAACAGACUGAGAGAGCCAACAAUAAGCAGCAAAACAAGCAGUCAAAGCCCCCGCAGCAGACAGCUGCAGCAGACCUUCCAAACAGCCCAGGAUGCCUCCCAGAUCAGGAACCGCUAUCUGCUGGAACAAGAGAGCCAAGCGAAGUUAGCAGUCUGUCCGAGGACAAGAUGGGCAAAAGCAAGAAAUCCAAAAGCAAAAUACAAAAUCCGUGGCAAAUACCUGGCUCAAAUCAGUCUGUGAACCCAGCUUCAGGAGACCUGCAACCUCUCUUUUUUGGGACAAGAGAACCACCGGAAGUGGGAAAACCAUCUGAGGACAAGCCAGGCAGAACCAGGAAAUCGAAACCCAAACCUUUGGCAACCCAACGCCAGACACCCGAUGACGCAGAGAAACUGAGGAGGCCACCCAACCCCAGUAGUGCCUCUGUGCCACAGACACGACAGGACUACAUGCAGUACAACAGCAAGGUGAACUUCAACCAGCGGAGUGCCCACAAGAAGCUCAUCCUGAGUGACCGGUACACCACCCUAGCCGUAGGGGAGCAGUUACAGGCUUAUCCCGACCUACCCGAACGCUUCUUCAACUGCAGCCAGGUAUUGGCUUUGCAGUGGUUCGCCAAUGGCCGCCAUUACUGGGAAGUAGGCAUCCAGGGCAGCAGCAGCAGCUUCUGGUCCAUCGGGGUGGCGUGUGCGGGCAUGGAUCGGAGUGGCUCCAGCAGCCGGCUGGGCAGGAAUGCUCUCAGCUGGUGUAUAGAGAGCUUCGGCUCACAACUCUCAGUCUGGCACGCUGAUCAGCAGGCAAUUCUACAUGUCCCCCAGCCCCGCGUGGUUGGUGUGUACCUGGACUUUGAGGGGGGAGAGGUGGCUUUUCUCUCUGUGGGAUCUGGCAUGUUCCCACUGUUCCGUUUCAAAGCUCAGCUCCGCGGUCAGAUCUUCCCUGCCUUCUGGCUCUCUUCCAGCGGUACGAAACUGACGCUGGGUCACUGA